AUGGAAUCAGACAGCCCAAACAAGGAAGCCAUCUCAGCGGUCGAUGGUUUGCUCGCAUGCCUAAUGUACUUCGACAAGACAAGUUCUGAGAUGGCGAACCCAUUUGUCCGUAAUUUCUGCCAACAAAUCAACCACUACUGGGAGCGCCUUAGACAAUUUGCGCCCACCCAGACUACACCGAGCCUCACUACUCUCUUCAAUUCUUUUAAUUCAUCUACACAAUUCUACGAGGUAGCUAUCUUCACUUUUCGCAAUGUCCUAGUUGGCGCCAAACCAGAUUCCUUGAAUGCCAUUUUCUCGCUCUGCAGUUUGUCCUACAUAGCUUCAUGCUGCCUACGAAAUCACGAUAUUCUCUGGGACAUUGACGUCUGGCGAAAUGCGAUUCGUGAUCCCCAAGAUCGCCAAAUCUUCAGUGAUUUGGCUGGCGUUGUUUGGCCGCAAGUAUCCCCAAUCUCAACUGAUGAUACCCUCAAGGCCCAGAUGCCGACAGUCAUCAGGCUAAGCGCUUCUGGUCACCAAAACCCACCCACACAAAGCUCAGCACUUGGAUUCGACUUUGUGCAAGACGAAUCGCUGUUUGAUGAUUUGUCUAAUACGUUUUGGGAGCUUGAUGCGAUGCCUGAUUCGCCGGUUACAAUUGGCAUCGAGAACUCGCUGCGAACUUCAAGCAGUCUUCAAGACUUACAAGAAUCAGUGAUCAUGUCUAACCUUAUCUGCUUCCUGACAGAAUGUGGGGAGCUGCUCCAUGUUUUCUCCGGGCGUGGGGUAACAACCAAGGACUUGUACUCCUGUAUCGCCUUCACCCAAGGAGGAUCGGAGGCUAAAAGGCUAGUAAACUCUUGUGUACAACGUUUAAGGAGCGAUAUUGCAUCCCAGAACCCGUCUACUGUGGGGACCGUAUCUAUCGUGGAGAGAUUCGUUGCGCUGGGGUACCUUCAGACCCCAGAAGAGCUGCGAAAAUACAUGCUCUGUGUCGGACGAAGGGUUAUACUCGAAGACGGAGCUUUUGCAGAGUUUUGUCAAUUGGUCUGUGAAUCAACAGCCACUGUUAUGAGAUCUCCAACACCGCCAGGUGGAGGCCGACGCAGGGGACCAGGACUCAGAUUGAUCCCGGGUCGAGAAAUCUCGUGUGACGUAUGCGGUCAAUUAUUUUCGAGGAAGUACAACAAGAACCGACAUAUUGAGACCAAACAUCCCUGGUUCCAACCCAGUCCACACACCGAUGUGUUGUUACAGGGUAGCGUGCGAAUGACAGCUUAG